AUGAGUACUAGGUUUUGGAGUGGUCGAAUCUGGACCAUACUCAAAGACCAGCUUACUGAGUUCACCGACGUUGUAAUCCACGGAGGGCUAACUUACGCCUUGGCUUCGGAUGGGUCAGUUUGGUGGAUAAGCUCCUCUCUUUCCAUCUUCAAGUACGGACCACCAAUAGAUGAAAGCAUCACUGGUAGCGAUUGCAGAAACUUAAGCUUCGUGCAACAUGGUGGAGAGCUUUACAUUGUUGAUCGUAUCCUUAAAGAGGGUGAUACCUUGGAUCCUAAUGUUUUUUAUGUUUGUGCUAUCGACGAUGAUGGGAACCAGAUAGGCGAAACAUCUCCCAAAACGAUCGGUUUCAAGGUUUACAAGAUGGAAGAGGAAAUGGGGAAAUGGGUUGAGGUUAAAUCAUUGGGAGACGACGCCUUUGUGAUGGCUACCGAUACUUGUUUCUCGGUUUCGGCCGGUGAGUUCUACGGAUGCCUUAAAAAUGCAAUCUACUUCGCCGACAAGGAAUGUAAGAUCAGGGUUUUCAAGCUUGAAGAUGCUAGUAUCACAAGAGCAGAACUGUUUGAAAAUGUUUGCCCCAAGCUUUUUCUGAAUCUUGAUUAG